AUGCUCAGCAACGCCAUUCGAACUGAACAGCCGAACAGCUCCAGUUCCAAAGUUGUGACCAAAUUCAUCCGCAUUGGAAUCGCUGAUAAGAAUGACAAUCCUCCUUAUUUUGAUAAGGCACUAUACGAGGCGGAAGUCGACGAAAAUGAGGACAUACAACACACCGUACUCACUGUCACCGCCAAAGAUCACGAUGAGUAUAUUGUACUUCUCUUGAAACGAGUGACAUCCAUCAUGUACAUGGAACAUGACAUGUUUGAUGUGCUGCCGCUUGAACUGCACUGUCCAUACUGGAUGCUGUACACAUCAGUUGUCUACGUCUCGAUGUAUACAAUGCGUAUACAAUGAAUACAAUGUAACAAUGAUGACAAUGUAUAGAAUAGCAUAAGGGAGGUUAGAUUUAUUAGCAAACGUCAGAAAGUUGGUAAACAGUGAACCAACAAUUAAAAAAAAAUAUGUUUGGAC